AUGCAAUUCUUCCUCUUUUUUCCACUAUCUUUUCAGGUUCCAUUUAACUUAUUGCACUCGAUCAUAAAGCGCUUUCAAUCUCCAGCUCGGGCUUCCGGUUCUCGUGCCCGUUCUUUCGACUCAAAUCCGCCAUUAGGAUCUACCUCGACCUCCGCUUUUCUUACUUCGACAACCUCAGCCAAUACAGCCACCAUUACUUCUUCUUCUUUUUCUUCUUCUUCUUCGAAUUCGCAUAGGAUGCGGUUCUUUCCGGAUCUCUCAAUUUCACCCAGUCCUGCUUCGGCCCCCUCACCCUUUUCUCCUUCCUCUCCAAUUUCUUGUUCUUCCUCUUCCUCUUCCACAUCCUUGUCCACAGCACCCGGUCUUGGCGAAUCUGAAGUAACUGAUCUUUCCUUAGGUGAUAUGGACCAAAUGUGGUACACACCUGGAAUAGGUUAUUUGAUCGAAUCAGGCGUGUUACAAGGUCCUUAUCGGGUUUGUACUUUACCAGAAGUUUGGCGACUGCAUUUGACAGGAGUGCCUAACCUUAGUGUGCCUGAUGUUACAGUAUCCUCGUUGCGGCGGUCUAGCGAAACCGACGCCACUACUAGUCAAGCCUUAUCGGCUAUUAUCCAUCAUUCCUCGCAAGACAGAUCUCAAAGUCGUGUUGAAACACAUCCUAGCCCGGGCGCGCCAGGUUGCGGAUGCAUCAUGCAACCGGUUUUACAACCUUCGCCCCAUCUAUCAUCUCAGCAACGUCAUCAAAUUUCUUCAGUUUCUACAGCCAAUGCUGCUCCUGUAGCCAUCCCUUUUAGUAGCGGUAAUCUGGCAAGUGCUAGCACUUCCUUAACCGUCUCCCGCUGGGCGUCCGUGGCGGAAUCUGAUUCUGCCCACUUUCCGGCCUUUUCACAUAGGGAUCAGCGCCUCAGUCCUGAAACGCUUUUUCGAGCAGGACCGUUAUCUGAGGUGCCGGCACCUUUGUUUUCUACAGUCCCUGGUGCACUCGGCCUCCGUCUUACUAGGCUUCCAGUGCCUCGUGGUCGGCUGCGAAGUUCAUCUCGCAUUCCGAUACGCUGUCUUGCCGCCUAUUGUUUAGCACCCAUUUUUCAUGAACUUACUCCACCUGAUUAG